AUGUCGGACCCCUCUCCCCUCCCUUCCACCUGGGACGCCUGCGAUUCGUGGGCCACCCGUCUGGAGAAUGCUGUAUCUUCGGUGCCCCCUCUCACCGGGGCCUCGAAUUAUCACCCUUGGGCCAAAAAGCUCCAGAUUGUCUUGUCUGGGGUCCGUGGGUGUCUCUGUCUGCUGGACGAGCCCCCUGAUGCCUCCGCUACUCCCUCCUCCACAUCUCCUCCUGCAGCGAUCUUAAACCACCUUGACGCUACUCUUGCGCUCGUUCUCGUGGGUUUACUCAGCCCCGCUCUCGUCUCUCAAUUCGAGUCCGUCAUCCUCGACCACCCUUCUCGAGCCGCCCGUACCCUCUGGCUCAAGCUGGAGGCCGCUUACGGCACUCGCUGGUCCUUCCACCUGUGGCAGUCUGUCCAGGCUCUCUCCUCCCAGCCCCAGGGCUCUACUCCGGUGACGGAGUUCAUGACGUCCCGCAAGCAGAAGUUCGAGGCGCUCAAGGCUGCCGGGUACGACUUCGAUCGGUGGUUCCUGGAUAAUCUCGUCGCCGAUCUUGCUCCUCAUUUCGGUCCCACUGUUCGCGGUCUCGACUUUGCUACCUUGACCUUUGACUCUCUGUACGCUGCUGUUCGGGGGGUCGAUGACAGUCACCGUCUCCAUGCCGCGCCGCCCUCCUCUUCUAUGACCCUUGCGGCCUUUGGCACUCCGGUCAACCCUCGUGUCCCUUCCUCCGCCAUCUCCGCGUCCACAAGUUCUAUACAGCGCCACAGUUUUCAUUCCUCGCCUCUUCCCCGUACACCCUCAGUACCUCCCCACACGUCCCGACCAGGGACCCCUCCACUGCCUCCAUCACCCGUCACCCUCGUCGUCAACGAGGUGACGAUCCACCGCUCUACCAAACAUCGCUCAAGGAUCUACUUGCUAUACCACUACACCCACCCCGAGAAGAAGCAUAGUACCACGUCUCGGUGGGAUUCAUUUCCUGCAUUCCUCAUUCCCGCCAUCCGUGGAUUCUGGGCUUCUACCCCCGCUCCUCCCCUCCUUUACUACAAGGAACGGGCCCUCGCAUUGCUGCCGCCCACGGAGGCUUAG